GCCCCUGUGUGUGACAAGGAAGUGUGAAACGGCAGGCGUACCCAUAACACGGUACUGCGAUUGGUUAGAUUGACUCUUGAAAAAAAUUGAAAACAAGUUAUGGAAUGACAAGGAUAUUGCAUCGAUAUAUUUAUAUUUAUCAACUGAAAUUAUCGAGUAGCGAUAGACUGGAAAGUUGCUUUCGAAACCGUAGCUGUCUUUGUCAACCCUCCUUCUAUUUGCUACGUAGAAAUAAAAACGGGAUCUAAUGGCUAGUAUGUUUGUGCGGAGGUUCUUUCUGGUUGCCACUGACAUUAAAUCUCCGCGGUUGGCCUGUCUGAUUAAGAGCAAACGAGUGCAGAAGACUGCCGCCCGGGCAAGACCUUUCUCCAGUGAUCCUCCGGAAAGAAUCAGCCGCUAUCCAAUUCCUUACAAGAAAGAUUUGCCAUACGACAUAGUGGAACUUAUGGAGGAAGUAGAGUCCAAGGGAGGUUUCUUACCAAACGUCUUCAAAGUCCUCUCUCACAGACCCGCAGAGUUUCGAGCCUUCUUCUCUUACUACAAUGAACUCAUGAGCAAGGAAACAGGUGGACUAACCAAGGCAGAUCGUGAGCUAAUCGUGGUGGCCACCAGCAUCCAUAAUAAGUGUCUUUACUGUGUGGUUUCCCACAGUGCACUUCACCGCAUCUAUUCAAAGAACGCUACUCUCUCAGACCAGGUGGUGGUCAACUAUGAGAAUGCAGAGCUCCAACCACGAGAACGAGCCAUGUUGGACUUUGCCAUGGCUGUGUGCCGCGCAGACACCAUCACUGAGCAGCACUUCAAGUCCUUAGAGGAAGUGGGCUUUGACAGCGAGGACGCCUGGGAUAUCGCUGCCAUCGCAGCCUUCUUCGCCAUGUCUAACCGACUCGCCCACCUCACUGACAUGCGGCCAAACAAGGAGUUUUACAACAUGGGCCGCAUCCCGCGGGACAAGAGCAAAGACAAAGAGGGCAGCAAUUGAUUUACCAGACAAGUUUGAUUUAGGAUAAAAUAUUAUGAUUUACUGACUUAUAUGUAAAUCAGUCAAGGCUAUGAUCCAUACUUGUACAUACAGUUGUGAAAUGAUCACUUUUGGCUGUCAUUGUUUGGGAUGACAUUUUUAAAAAUGUUUUGUGUAUUAUUUAUGUAGUUAUGCAGACGGUCUAACAAAGGCUCUUUAGGCAGAGCUCUGCCUAAAAAAACAUUUGAAAUGUGUAGUAUGCAUUUAUUUUAAAAUAUUUUUCCAGGGAACUGUGCUGUUCAUGGGCAGCCCAGUAGUCGAGUGGUUCGCUCGUCGACUUCACAGUGCAGAGGUAACGGGUUGAAUUCCAGCUCCGGCCUUCCUGUGUGGAAUUUGCAUGUUCUCCCCGUGCUCACGUGGGGUUUCUCCGGGUCCUCCGGUUUCCUCCCACAUUCCAAAAACAUGCAUGGCGGGCUGAUUGAACACUCCAAAUUGUCUCUCGGUGUAAGUGUGUGCGCGAAUGGUUGUUUGUUUCGGUGUGCCCUGCUAUUGGCUGGCAACCGGUUUAGGGUGUCCCCCGCCCAGCCUGAAGACAGCUAGAGUGGGCCCCAGAUCCUAGUGAAGAUAAAUGAAUUCGGAAAAUGAAUGAAUGUGCUGUUCAUAAACUACAGAUGUUUCCUUGUCGCUGUUAUGUACAGUACAGUAUGUAGUUUAUUUUUCAUUAACACUAGAUGGCACCAGAACGCCACAUUAUUGGAGUGAUAACCAUUUUAAAGCGCAAAAUUAAUUGCCAUUUUUCUCUUCAAAAUGGCAAUUAAAAAUGUAUAUAAAAAGACAUGAUAUUAAAUCCCACUCCACCUCUGUGACAAAAUUUCCUGUAUUUGAAACAGAUUCUUUCAAACAUCA